CCCGGAGCAUGGUGCAGAUCGUCAUCUCCAGCGAGGGUGCCGGGGGCCUGGCGCAGUGGGUGCUGGUGGAGCUGCAGGGCGAGGUUGAGCCCCGGCAGAGCGGCGGGCUGGCGGGGAGCCUCCUGGGAGACCUGCACUACACCCGCGAGGGCGUCCCCGUGCUUAUCGUGGGCCACCACAUCCUCUACGGGAAGGUGGUGCAGCUGGAGAAGCCCUUUGCCGUCCUGGUGAAGCGGGGAGCCGGCGAGCCCGGCCCCACGGGGCCGCACGCCCGCUACGCCGUCACGGCCCUCAUCAAAACCAAGCUCCUCUUCAAAACCCGCCCCAAGCCCAUCAUCACCAACGUGCCCAAGAAAGUGUGAGGACUCGGGCCGGCAGCCGUGGGUGCUGGGGCUCCGGGUGAUCCAAGGCUGGCCCCAUCCCUGUCCUGUACGGAGGACUCCUGGGACCACCUCAGGGUGCUGGGUCCUGUGUCUGGGCACCCAGAGCCCUUCCCAGUCACUUGUUCCCCCCGUAAUGACUCUGUUCUGAGAGCUGCCGAGCUCUGGGGCACAAACCCGGCUGCCAUCCCAGGUGAGAGGGGGUCCUGGUGGGCAGGGACCUCCUCCGAGCCCAGGCAGGGCUGUCUUACUCCAUCCUCCCCACACACCACCCUUUCUCUGUGCAAGUCUUUAUUUUGACAAAUCCGUCAGGAUAUAAAAACCAGACUUUUCCAAAAUAUGAAAAAAAAACAAAACCAAAAACAAACCCCCGCAGGUUAAAAAAUAAAUAGAUUUACAAACAAUUAGCAAUAAGUAUGAUUACCAAAGAGCUACAAAAGUCUCCUAAAAAACCUCGUAUUAAAUUAAACAAAACAAUCUAAAAAAGCUCGAUU